GCGCCAGGAAGGGUGAACGUCAUUGGAGAGCACACGGACUACAACGAAGGUUUCGUGUUUCCUAUGUGCCUCGAGCUCGGGACGGUAGUCGUGGGAGGACGGGUCCCCAGUGGCCCCUGCAGGUUGUACUCUGCGUCCAAGGACUUGGAGUUCACCUUCGACCUUGACAACGUCAAGGCGAUCGCAGAGGAUGAGAAGGGAGAGUGGACGAGCUACAUCCGAGGUGCGGUCGCGAAAUUCAUGGAGGGCUAUGAAGAGGAAACCAAGACUAAGCUGCCUCCGACGAGUUUCGUGGGCGUGAUCGUUGGUAACAUCCCAUGUGGCGGGGGCGUCAGCAGCUCCGCCUCGCUGGAGGUUGCGGUGAUGACGUUUGUUGAGGAGCUGUUCAACUAUCGGUUUGAGGAGGACAAGAAGGCAAGGUUGUGUCAGGCAGCAGAGCGCGAGUUUGCCGACGUCCCAUGCGGCAUCAUGGACCAGCUGAUCUCCGUCAAGGGCAAGCACGGGAGCGCGCUCUUUGUUGACUGCCGCUCCCUGGAGACAGUCGCGGUCCCAUUGGGGUCAGGGGACAUGAAGGUGCUGGUCACCAACUCCAUGGUGAAGCAUGACCUGCACGGUAGCGAGUAUCCUGCUCGAGUGCGGCAGUGCAAGGAGAGUCUGGAAGCGAUCAAGAAGCACUUCGGGGUGGAGAAGGCGUUCCUGCGUGAUGUGUCGAAAGAGGAGGUGGAGGAGGCGUUCAAGGCCGGGCACAUGAGCGACCUUGCAUACAAGCGCGCCCUCCAUGUCGUGACUGAGAACCAGAGAACGCAGGAGGCCAUGCGAGCCUGCAAGAACAAGGACUGGACGUCCCUCGGGAGGCUGAUGAAUGAGAGUCACGACAGUCUGCGCGACAACUACCAGGUGAGCUGCCCGGAGCUGGACGCGCUCGUGGACAUGGCCCGGAGCAUGGAGGGCGUGCUCGGGUCCCGCAUGACGGGUGCUGGUUUUGGAGGAUGUAUCGUUUCGUUGGUGCGAGAAAGCAGCGUGGACAGAGUUAAGGAGGAGCUGACGAGGGGGUAC